GGGAGAAGUUUUCGUCAGUCGGUAUCAGAAGUUACAUAAAGUCAGCGUGCUCUGAUCAGAGAGGCAUGUACAUGUGCUGUAAGCUUUUGGGAGGACGAGACGGAGUACUCGAUGGGUGAAAUUAAAACCCGAUAGUGUUGCAGACGGUGAGAUAGAAACUCGAGUGGCAUGAUGUCAUGGCUAGGAUUAUGUUGUCGGAGUUGGGCGAGGAAGAGUACGGAGAGGUCAGGCUGGACAUCUCGCCUGGGGACAAGCGUCAUGCCGGGCAGACAGCAUCUCUCCUGUCCCUCUGUAAACUAUCGGUCGAUUUCUACCUCGGUCAAGAUGCAGAGUCAUUUAAUUGCAAGAUCUCAGUGUUGCAAAACACGUGGUGUAAUAAGGACUGCAAUUUGUCGAUAUUAUAGCAGCUGUCAUGGUGUUAACGUCAAAACAGUUGCAGUAUUUUUUAGAAGAAAUGUUGACAAGCGACACCUCCAAAAACUAAACUGCCGUUACUCCACAAAAACUGCGCCCACGAAUGUCCCCUCAAAAGCAGCCCAGGCUACAGUGCGUAAAGGGGCAGCACCCAAGUUAUCGGAUGUCAGACGAUUGCUUGGGCUAGCUAAACCAGAAAGAUGGAGGCUCACAGGUGCCAUCCUCUUACUGGUUGUGUCCAGCGGUGUGACCAUGGCUGUACCCUUCUGUAUGGGUAAGGUGAUAGACAUACUACAGGAAGCAGCACAUGAUGGCAACAUGAAAGAGAAGCUGACAAAAAUAUGUAAAAUUUUAAUCGUGGUGUUUUUGAUUGGAGGCGUAGCAAACUUUGGGCGCGUCUAUUUGAUGCAGGUAUCAGGCCAAAACAUUGUACGAACAUUGAGGGAACGUCUUUUUUCUUCAAUAAUGAAACAAGAAAUUGCCUUCUUUGACAAGACCAAGACAGGGGAGUUAAUCAAUCGUCUGUCUACGGACACAUCCCUCGUGGGCCAGUCUGUUACGAUGAACAUUUCUGAUGGCUUACGAGCUGUAGCACAGGCUUUAGGGGGUGUGGGUAUGAUGGUCUAUGUUUCACCACAGUUGACUGGCAUAGCCCUCGGAAUUGUUCCCCCUAUUGCAGCACUCUCUAUUGUCUAUGGUAGAUAUGUCAGGAGGAUCACAGCCAAAGUACAAGACUCUCUAGCCUCAGCGACUGACGUUGCAGAAGAACGAAUAGGAAAUAUCCGCUUAGUUCGAGCAUUUGCCCAAGAAUCAAAGGAAUGUCAAGCUUACAAUGCUAGGGUGGAUGGAGUCCUUAGAUUGGCAUAUAAAGAAGCACUAGCUAGAGGCCUGUUUUUUGGAUCUACUGGCUUGUCGGGGAACGUCAUUGUCUUGUCUGUGUUUUACUAUGGUGGUCUGAUGAUGACAGAAUCGCAAAUCACUGUUGGUGCUCUCUCAGCCUUUUUACUCUAUGCUGCUUAUGUAGGCUUUUCCAUAGCAGGUCUGAGUUCUUUCUACACUGAACUGAUGCGUGGUUUAGGAGCCAGUACAAGACUCUGGGAGCUUGUUGAUAAACAACCUGCUAUUACUCUCCAUGAUCCAAGCCUGAAAACGUUUCCCGUGCAGGGCAGCAUAGAGUUCCAGAACGUUGUCUUUGCGUACCCUUCGCGGGUGGAUUUGCCUAUUUUGCGUGAAUUUUGUCUGCGAGUGCCUUCAGGAUGUGUGACAGCUGUGGUGGGCGCGAGCGGUUCGGGGAAGUCGACUUUAGCUGCGCUCCUCCUAAGAUUUUACGACCCAGACCAGGGUAGCGUGACAUUAGAUGGACAUGACAUCAAGGAGAUUGACCCUCUCUGGCUGAGAGGUCAAAUGGGUACUGUUAGUCAGGAGCCUGUCUUAUUCUCCUGCAGCAUUGCCGACAACAUAGCAUAUGGAAUUGAUGACCCAAGUAGUGUGAAAAUUGAAGAUAUAGAGGAGGCUGCCCAUAAAGCCAAUGCUUACUCCUUCAUCCAGAACUUCCCAGAGGGCUUCAACACUCUUGUUGGGGAGAGAGGUGUAAUGCUGUCAGGUGGUCAGCGACAGAGAAUAGCUAUUGCCAGGGCAAUUUUGAAGGAUCCUAAAAUCUUACUGUUGGAUGAAGCAACAAGUGCAUUGGAUUCCCAGAGCGAGUUUUAUGUCCAGGAAGCUUUAGAGCGGUUAAUGGUGGGACGAACUGUCAUUACCAUUGCUCACCGACUCUCCACCAUCAAAUCAGCUAAUCAGAUUGCAGUUCUCAAAGAUGGUAAAGUGGCUGAGCUGGGCAGUUAUGCAGAGCUGAUGAUGAUAAAUAAUGGCAUCUUCCAAGAAUUAGUCGAAAGACAAACAAUAACUAGUUAAUAACCAUAAAUUAGUUUCUUGUUUUGGGUUCUGGUCAUGGGUUAUCGUGUGUGAUAUUUAUUAGUGACUUGUUUUUUGACGCAUGUGAAGACUGAUAGGUUUCCUGUGUCAGUACAACUUGUAAGUUUUCGUGAAAGUUUUUUUAUCUAUCAUUAUAGUCAUUAGCAAAACAUUCCUGUUUGUAGAUCUGCUUUAUAUGAGUCAGCAUUUGUUUGUUUGUUAUUUUUAUUUUUGUCAUGUGUAGGUAGAGAUCUAUGAGGUUUUGAAAAUUAAGAUUUGUAUUUGUCAGCAUGAAUUAUUUAGGCAUUUUCACCUAUCAGUACAUAAUACUAUAACUGUAUGCCUUUGACAGAAUGCAGACAGUUUUAACUGAAUAUUUUGUUAAUUUAAGAGUGAUUUUACAGUUCUUUUAGUAGAUGUCAUAAUGGUUCCAAGAUUCAUAUGGGCAUGGAUGUGCCAGUCAUUUUGUUUUGUUUUCAGUACUGGCAUUAGGAAAGAUAUCAUCUGUUGACGGAAUUUACGCAUAUUUUGUCCAGCCUUCAGAUGACCCAGCAGGUGCUGGUAAUCAAAAUAUCAGGUCAAGUAAUUAUGUUAAUUAAGACUUGUAUUUACCAUUGACCUAAAAUGGAUCUGUUUGUCAUAUACAUGUAGAUCAUUUUUAAAUCCAUCUCAGGGUGGCUUAACUUGGCUGCGUCUUUACAUCACAAGGAUUUUCAGGUGUCUGACCAAGUGUGGGAGUGUUUUACCUGGCUCUGGCCGGUUUCCUUGACCC